GUAUAAAUAGCAAGUGAAAGCUUCCUUUGCUGCACCAAGAAAUUAACUCAUCAGUGAUCACUCACAAGACUCUCCUCUUCACAAUAUCAUCAUCCCCUCUCAUACUUCUUCACUCGAUCGCCACGAUUUUUUACACUGACGAUAUAGUUAAAAAAGAAGAAGAAAAAAAACAAUGAUUAUUCCAGUGCCAGCAACAUCAUCCUCUGCCUGCAAACAAGACCUGCCCUUAAUAAAUUUCCAAAAGGGACUCAACAAAAUGGAAUCAUUAUUUCAUAAUAGAAACAAAGAUAAGGUGGUAGUGAUUAUGGGGGCCACAGGAACUGGAAAGACCAAAUUAGCCAUAGAUUUGGCCAAACAUUUUCAACCAGCUGAAAUUGUGAAUUCAGAUAAAAUGCAAGUUUAUAAAGGUCUUGAUAUUACAACAAAUAAGGUAACUGAACAAGAAUGUGAUGGGGUCCCACAUCAUCUUUUAGGUGUAUUUGAUCCAAAUUCAAAUUUCAGUGCCAAUGAUUUUUGUUAUCAUGCUUGUUCAGCUAUUGAUUCUAUUGUGGAAAAAGAUGGAUUGCCAAUUAUUGCUGGUGGUUCAAAUUCAUAUUUAGAUGCUUUAGUGAAUCAUUGUAGUGAGUUUAGGUUAAGGUAUGAGUGUUGUUUUCUUUGGGUUGAUGUUUCACUUCCUGUUCUUCAUUCAUCGCUUCAAUCGCGUGUUGAUCGUAUGAUUGAAGCUGGUCAGUUAGAUGAAGUUCGUGAAUUUUUUGACCCGUUUGGGGAUUAUACAAAAGGGAUUCGAAGAGCUAUUGGGGUGCCUGAAUUUCAUGAUUUUCUAAUAGCGGAAGCAAAUUCAGCGGACGAGAGAACUAAGAAGAGACUUUUGGAAGAUGCCAUUGAUAGGCUUAAGAUUAAUAAUUGCACACUUGCAAAUCGACAGGUUCAAAAGAUUCGUCGAUUAAAUGGAAUGUGGAAAAGGAGCAUGCAUCGUCUUGAUGCCACUGAAACGCACCUUAGGCGUGGUUCAUAUGCUAGUAAGGAGUCAUGGGAGGAUAACGUGCUUGCAAAAAGUCUUGUGAUCCUCUACAAUUUUCUUUACGGGGAAACACGAGUUCGCUCUAGAAGUGUUUCACCAAAAGAUGUACUUGCCGCCUUUUCUAGUUCAUCGCAGACACUGACAUUGCCUGCUAUUGCGGCGGCGACUCAUUAGAAGUGGUGGGACGGGGAAUCUAUAUAGGAAGGUUGCAUAAUUGACAUGAUUGGCACACACCAUGGCAUUCCACCUUAUUUUUUGUUUUCUUUUAUUUAUUAUACUUUUCGGGUGCGUUUGAUCUGCUAAAAAAUAAGGGACUGGACAUGACAACUUAUGCUGUACUGUGUUUGAUUUUAAAACUAUUCCUGGUACUAGACAAACUGGGGGCCAAGAGACAUGACAAAACUUGAAAUUCUUGUCCUCACAGAACCACGGGACAACUUUUUGUCCUCAGCACAAGUUGUCUAAAAUACCAAAAUAACAUUUUAUCCACCAAACAUCGUAUAACACAAAGUUUGUUCGAUACCUUAAACGUUUGCCCUGUGCUGUUCUGUCUUGUACUGUCAUGUACUGUUCUGUCCAGUAUUUAUAUUUUGCAGAUCAAACGGACCCAUUUUGAGAGUCAUUUUGAGAGUUAUCUUUUGACAGGUUAUGUAAAAGAAUGUAAUUUUUUAUUUUUGUUCUUUUGGUUACAUUGGGAUUGGAAUACUGUUAUACAGGAGUGUACUAUUGGGUAUAAAUUAAUUAAAUAUAUGUUAAUGGAGCA